AUGGGUACUUGCUAAGUAAAAUGUUGUAGAUGUACAUGUUAAUAAGGCAGAUUAGCAUGUUAAUGUGGAAGUGAAAAUACUAUAGUGCUUGAAGAAUAAUCAAGAGAGAUUAGAAGAAGAAUUAAUUAAGAUUAAAUAGUAAGAAAUAAUGCUAAGAAUUAUAGAAAAGAUCUAAUCGUUUUGAAACUCAUAAAAAUAGAGAUGGAUCUCCAGCUUAAUCUAAUUCUAGCGGUUCUUUGAAUAAAACUAAAUUCUCAACAUAUCGCAAAGCUACUAAUAAAUCUUCAAAUUCAAUAGAUAAAUAUUUAAUUUCUUAAGAAUGUAAUAUACCUACAGAACUUAGUUUAGAAAAAAAGAAUUUUGAAUAAAAAAUACGAAAUCAAAAAUUUUAGAUGAAUGGAUAGAUUUAUUUUAAAUAUGAAAAUUAUGACUUUAAAUUUUAGGAAGACAAUACAAAAUUACAAAAUGUUCAUAAUAAUUAAUUAUCAUCUCCUUAAAUAUAAAAUUCUAAGGAAAAAUUAGAAGAUAAAAAAAGUUUAGAAUAAAUUCAGUCAAUUAAUGAUCCUAGUAUCUAUAUGAAAACACCAACAACAACUGCUUUAGAGAUUACUAAUAAUUAAACUGUAUCUAAUCCAUAUUUAAAUUAAUAACCUUCAAUCUCUAGAGAAAGUUCUCCUACUAAAAUCUCUCGACCUAUAACUUAAAUUAGUAUUGAACCAAAUUCAAUUAAACUAUCCUUAUCUGUGAUUACAGAUUAACAAUAAUUAAAAAAUAGAUCAAGAACAACUGAUAUAUUUGAUGAUUAAAAAAGUGUUACUAUUAGAAGUGUAUUAAAAAAAAAAUAAAAAAAUAAUGAUUCAUUUAGAACUUAAUAAUAAAAAUCCAGAAAAGUUAGAUUCGAUUUACCUAAUUCACAUUAUAUAAGAGAGAGAUAAAGAUAAUAACCUAAAUUUUAUUAAUGA